AACCACGACCCUUUGCACAUCCGCAUCCACGCGUCUGCUUUUAUCGAGCGGCCGUUGCUACGCGCUGAUUUUCUGUACCCGGCACCCGCGAUCGAGACGGAACCCCGUCACAACCUCGACCCAACGCCAAUUCAUCCGGGCGCAAAACAUCGCAACACUUGGCAGCCAUGGCGUCCGCGCGCAAGAGGCCGAGGGCCGAACCCGAGGACAACCGUGCGGAAUGCCCCUUCACCAUCAAGAUUGUCGAUCCCAAGGACAAGGAGCAAAAGAAGAAGAAGCGCCGGCGCACCGAGAAUGGUGAUGAGGAGGACACAGCCCAGAGAAUCAACCUGCAGAUGUCGCCCUUUGCGCCCUGUGGCAAGUUCAAGACGCACGAGACCAUGGAUCUCUAUUACCAAGUCGACCCCUCAAAGAGAUGGACGGACAUGACCAGAUACAACAGCUUCGUCCUGAACGGGAUCAAGUACUUCAGCGAAGGCUUUAUCUAUGUCGCGAACGACUUCAGCAUCGAGCGCCAGAAAGCCGUCAAUAACAACGAGCCCAUGCAGCCCAGGAAGAAGUCGGACGACGACUGGGUUGCACGCAUCUUGGAAAUCCGCGCAAGCGACGAACACCACGUGUAUGCGCGAGUCUACUGGAUGUACUGGCCCGACGAGCUUCCGCAGGGGACUCACGACGGCAGAAAGACAGUCCAGAGCCGCCAACAAUACCACGGCAUGAACGAGCUGAUCGCCUCGAAUCAUAUGGAUAUUAUCAACGUCGUGAGCGUCACCUCCCAGGCGCAAGUGAAGCAGUGGUACGAGGAAAACGACGAGGAGAUACAGAAUGCACUGUAUUGGAGGCAGGCGUUCGACGUCAGGACAUAUGAGCUUUCCACGGUCGAGCUCGUCUGCAGUUGCAACACACCGGGGAAUCCCGAUAAGAUGCUGAUCGGGUGCACAACGGAAGCAUGCAAGAAGUGGAUGCACGAACAAUGUAUCAUUGACGAUGCGCUCAAGGCGGUAUACGCACGAUUGGGCACCGACAAGCCACACCUUGCUCCAGUACCCGCGAAAAAGGAAGAGAACGGUGACGAGGGAAAGCGGCCGUUAAGCCCCUCCGAAACCGGCGCCGAGGGCUCCGCGGAGCAGUCGAUUGACGUCAAGUCCGAGGCUGCGCCAUCCGAUGCGGUGCAUGUCGGCACGAAAGACAAUGUCGAGGUCAGGCAGGCAGCCGACGACGAGGACGCCCAGGCAGCGCCGGAGGAUUCGCUCCCUCUGCGGACCAGCGAUCGCCCACAGCGAGGGGUCAGCGAGAACACCACCAACACAGACACACCGAGCAAGCCGGCCGGCGGCAGCAAGUCAACCCCAGGGCGCAAGCCGGGCAGACCACGGAAGAAGGGGGGCGCGGAGGCCAACGGCGACGGCUCGCGGCCGUGGGAGGGCCUGUUCGAGGCGGCGCUGAAGACGGCCGACAUGGGCCCACCAACGAUCGAAUUCCGGGAUCUGCGCGAAGGCGUGACCGGUGGAGAGAAGAUUUGGACGGAGCCUGUCAAGUGCCUGCUUUGUGGGGAUCAAGUCAACUAAGGGCCGCCACAGUUCUGUGAGCGGUCGUAAGCCAACCGAUUCGAGGAUGAGGACAGAGGGCGGGAGAAGGGAACGGUACUGAGGAGUAUGGAGAGGACCAAGGGGAAGAGAGUGUCGAUUCCAAGGG